AUGUCACUUCUAAAGCAAACACUAGAAGACGAAUCGACGCCAGAAGUUCACCCAGGCGCAAUCUGCUAUCUUAUCAAAGCACACCUUACGAGAUUCGGCUGUCAUGGGUGGAUAGAAGAUUUCGACGAAUGUUUUGAUCUGUUGCGGGAGGCCAUCGCUAAACACGGUGAUCUCGCUUUCGAGGUAUUUGAUUUGAUUCGGAAAGAGGAAUACAAACCUGUUGGGGCCGUUCAUCGAGCAUCAGAACUCGUCGAUGAGUACCGACGGGCGAUCGAUUGGGCUGCACUGGACGAGCUUAUAUCUGCGCUCCCCUCGACAAACUUUGAAGAACGGGGGCCCAACAACGUCCCGGCGCUUCUUAGUUAUGGUUCAGCCUUUGUGAUGCGAUAUCUGCAACAGGGGUCUCCGCACGACUUGGACAAAGCUGCGACCCGGUUUACCGAAGCCAGAGCUCAAUGCCAAAGCAAAGAUCCUUACAUGUAUAUCGCCAACACCUUUCUCUGCUACGUCGAGUGGCUCAGAAUCACGGAACUCCAGGGCCUCGACCGCAUCGAAGCAAUGGACCGCUACAAAUUGGAGGCAGAUGAGGAGGACAAAGAAGGUCUCGAACGGCUUAUCGACGGAGUCACGGCCAUGGAUGGAGUAGAUGGAGUCGAUCAAGCAGUUUCCCUCUUCCAUGCGUCAUUAAUUACUCGUCCCUUCGCUCACCCCCGCCGUUCAGCGACGCUCAGUCAACUCGCUCUUGCCCUCUUCAACCAAUUCCAGCAGAAGGGAAACGUGGAAGACCUCGAAGCAAGUGUGGCAUUUGGCGAGGAGACUCUCUCAUUACGGCCCAAGUUCCAUCCCUUCCGAUAUGUUUCCCUCGUCAAUCUCGCUAUGGCCCUUACCACCCGAUUUGAACACAAAGGGAAUAUUCAAGAUCUGGAGAAGGCCAUUGCCUUGUAUCGAGAGUCUCUCGAAACGAGGUCGCUGGCUGAUCCUGGUCGAGGCGUAAUGCUCACCAAUCUGGCAUCUGCCCUUUCCAUCCGCUUCGAACACGUUGGCAGCAUAGACGACUUGCAAGAGAGCAUCUCCUUAAAUCGGGAAGCUCUCGAAUCUACGUCUCAAUCGCAUCCCGACCGCUCUACGUGGCUGAACAACCUCGCCAACUCGCUUUAUCUCUCUUUCCAACACAACGGGAACCUUCUCCAUUUGGAUGAAUGUAUCGUCUUCAACAAGGAGGCCAUCGCCGCCGUACCCGACACCAACAAGGCAGCCAAAGCCAUUUGCACAAAUAACCUCGCAAGCGCACUGCUCUCGCGCUACCAGAAACGAGGCCGUAUCGAGGAUUUGGAGGAAAGCAUUGUGCAGAGUCGGAAGUCCCUGGCGCUCAUAGGCUCGACUCACCCGAACUACCCUUCCUUGCUGACCAACCUCGCCAGUUCCUUGUCCACCUACUUCAGGUGUAAAGGAGACCUCGACGACCUUCAAGAAAGCAUCUCUCUCAACCGGAGAUGCCUUCUACUAGCCCCUCAGGGUAAUCCCAAUCGCUCUCAAGCCCUCCAAAAUCUUUCUUCUGCACUAUACACGCGAUACCAUCACAAAGGAUCCCCUCGCGACCUGGAAGAGUGUAUCUCUUUCUACAGGGAGGCGAAGGAACAGACGUCAGUAACAAGCCCGAGUCGGGCCAUAAUCCUGACCAAACUGGCUAUGGCGCUGGUUUCUCGCUUCCGACGUAAUGGCGACAUCUUGGACUUGGAGGAAUCGAUAUCGCUCAACAGGCAUUGUCUGGCCCUGAUGUCGAUGACCGACCCACACCGGCCUCAAUCGUUGAGCGACCUCGCGCUGUCUCUGUUCGCUCUCUUCGAGCACAAGGGCGACAUGGAAGCUUUGGAGGCCUGCAUCAGACUCAAUAGAGAGUCCAUCGCAUCGAGUGUCGACGAUCACGCGGAGAAUCGUGGCAUAUGGAUCAACAAUCUCGCCACUGCCUUACUUGUGCAUUUUCAUCACAAGGGCGACCUUCAGGAUUUGGAGGAGUGCAUUUCAUUGCUGAGGGAGUCGCUCAGGUCGAUGUCAGAGGCCCAUCCUCGUCGCCCGGAAACCUUGCACAACCUCGCUGUGGCGUUGGGCACCCGUUUCAACCACCAAGGGGACCUCCAGGACCUAGAAGGGAGCAUUUUACGGAGUCGCGAAGCACUCGAAUUGAUGGACGACUCGCAUCCCAGUCGCCCGGCCGCCCUUGAAAGCCUCGCAACUUGUCUUUCAAAUCGCUUCGACCACAAGGGCGUCUUAGAAGACCUAGAAGAGUGUAUCUCACUCAGUCGAAAGUCUCUCUUAUUGAGGCCCUCCCCUCACCCCUCCCGCUAUCUCUCUCUCAACGUCCUCGCUACUUCUCUCACUACACGGUUCGAAAAGAAGGGCGACUUCGACGAUCUUGAAGAAGGCAUCGCGCUCCAUCAGGAGGCGAUUGAUUCUAUGCCGGAAUCGCACCCUCGCAGGCCUGUCGCAUUCAGUAAUCUCUCGUAUAGCCUGGCCACUCGUUUCGAGCACAAGGGCGACCGCAAAGACGUCGAGGAAAGCAUUUCCCUUAACCGAGAUUCCCUCAAAUCGAUUCCUCCCCAUCACCCCAGCGCCACUCCAUUGCUAUCCAACCUUGCAUACUCUCUGUGGAUGAAGCACAAGUCCUACGGGGAGGGUGACUUAGCCAGUAUCUUUGCAUUGUUCAAGUCCUCCUGCGAGCUUGCAACGGCUCCCCUGCUUGAACGGCUCCAGGUUGCCCAACGCUGGAUUUCCUGCAGUCGAGGCCUUGGCGACUUUGCACUUGAGGCCUAUGGCCAUGCGAUGGAGUUGAUUCCUCUUCUGGCAUCGCUGGAGCUGCCACUGGAGAGGCGUCAAAACGUCCUUGUUCAUGCCAAGGAAUUGUCACGAGAUGCAGCCCAGUGCGCUAUCCAACAAGGAGACCUCGAGAAGGGGGUCGUGUACCUCUCCACCUCUCGUUCGGUAUUCUGGUCUCAGGCGCACCAGCUUCGAACACCCCUGGAGCAUCUCGCUUUGGCCAACCCUUACCUCGCGGAUGAACUCCGCACUGUUUCUCGACAACUCGAAGCUGCCACCCAAGGUCCCAUCAUCACCAACUCCGAGUCGGCGUUGAGACCUGUUAGCCCUGUGGUGCUUCAUUCUCUUGCCCAGCAGCGCGAGAAACUCCUUGUCGAGAUCCGGAAAAUCGAUGGUUUUCACGAUUUCUUACUCCCCCCUCGGUUCGAUCGACUAAUGCGCGCGGCGUCGGGUGCUGGGCCAAUAGUGUUUUUGAACGCGAGUGUGUUUGGUUGCGACGCGUUGAUUAUGCAGUCGGAACCGAAGAACGUACAGCACGUUCCCCUGCAUGUCAAGUACGGCGACGUUCUUACGCUGAGAGCUGCUAUCAAGUGCCUCUCAAAUGGUCGGCCACUUCCACUUCAACGCAUGGGGAUCAGAGGCCUUGAAAGCUCGCUCAGUCCGAGUCAGCUUCGUCUGAAGGCGCACCUUGGAAAGGCCAGUUCACGCACAAUGGGAGACGACUUUGAGGCCGUUCUUACCAUCCUAUGGGAUAAUGUUGUCGAGCCAGUCGUAAGAGCACUAAAGUUGGAAAAGACGGAUGCUCCAGGGAGAAUAUGGUGGUGCCCAACUGGGGCGUUUGUGUUCCUUCCUAUCCAUGCGGCAGGGAGAUACUCGAUAGGGGAAGUGGACGGCAUAUUCAACUACGCGGUCUCGUCGUAUUGCUCGUCACCUCAGGAUAUCAUCGAACCUCCUCCUGUUCCCACCAAGGAAUUCACGAUGGUCGCCGUCAUAGAGCCUGGUCGUCCUGAACCUGGGGUUGGAAGUCUUCCCCAGACCCGCGUCGAGCUGGAGAGGAUACAAUCGCGAGUUCCUGAUGGAGGAAAUCUGAUAGCUCACGUGGGGUCCAAUGAGGCGCCUACGAAGAUCUCACGCCUUCUUCAAGAUAUCCAACGCUCCUCGUUUGUUCAUUUUGGCUGUCACGCCCUCCAGGAUCCCACCAAUCCACUGGACAGUUACCUUCUUCUUAGUGGAGGCCGGCUUACUAUGUCCAAGAUUAUCCGCGAAUGCCAAACGACUACCGCAUCCCUCGCAUACCUCAGCGCCUGCGAGACAGCUAUGGGAGACGAAGAACGGCCUGAUGAGUCGCUUACCCUUGUAGCCACGAUGAUGUUUGCUGGAUUUAGGGGUGUUGUUGGGACGAUGUGGCCAAUACACGACGAGGAUGCACCAGUCGUCGCCGAUGUCUUCUAUCGACACCUUUUCCGCAAUGGAAGCGAUGUCCCUCCCGACGCUUCCGAUGCAGCGUUUGGCCUGCAUCUCGCAGUGAAGGAGUUGCGAGAGAGGAAGAGACCUUUUUACCAUUGGGUUCCUUUCGUGCAUUUUGGAAUAUAA